AUGGAUGUUCCUUCCAAAUCUGAGGGGAAACAAUCUAAUAAAUGUUGACCCUCAAAAAGACUGUAGCACAGCAUCAAACGACCUAGUUUACAUCAUGGAUGGUUCCUCAAGCGUGGGCACCCCAGACUUCAAUCUGGCCAAAAGAUGGCUGGUCAACAUCACCAGUGGUUUCCAAGUGAGCUCCCGUCACACCCAGGUGGGCGUGGUCCAGUACAGCGACACGCCCCGUUUGGAGAUCCCACUGGGCAAGCACCUGAGCAGCCCGGAGUUGGUCGGAGCCAUCAACGCCAUCAGCUACCUAGGGGGCAACACACAGACGGGCAGGGCCAUCAAGUUUGCCACGCAGCACGUCUUUCCGUCCUCCACACGCACGCACCCUGCGAGAAAUCGCAUCGCGGUGGUGCUAACGGACGGCCGUAGUCAGGACGACGUGGUGGACGCCGCUGUGGAGGCCAAGGCCCAAAAUAUCAUCCUAUUCGCUGUCGGCGUGGGCAAUGAGAUCCUCAACUCAGAGCUGGUGUCCAUGGCCAACGAGCCCCCGUCAACAUACGUCCUCUACGCUGAGGGCUACAGUUCCAUAUCUAACAUCCAGGACGCCAUGCAGCAGAAGCUGUGUCAGGAAUCUGUGUGCCCUUUGCAGAUCCCAGGCACAGCCAAUGUAAAAGGAUUUGAACUGCUGUCUAGAAUGCAGAUUGACAUUAAGUCAAAGAAAGUCCAAGGCUCUCUAAUGUCAGAGACAGCAUACUUGCUAAGCCCACAACUGGACCUGACAGACAACACCAGAGACAUCUUUCCAGACGGUCUCCCUCCCUCUUUCGUGUUUGUGGCUACUGUGCGCCUGAAGAGCCCAACCAACCAUGUGAAGUUUGAUCUGAUCAGAGUGCUCUCCUUGGACGGGCGGAAACAAUUUGCUGUGACACUCAAUGGACUGGGCAAGUCUGUCACAUUUACCAGUACAACAAGCACAAUCAACAAGGAAGAUCAGUCUGUCAUAUUCAACGACAGAGGCAUCAAGAGACUGUUUGACUCCCGGUGGCACCAAGUGAAGCUGCUGGUGAAGCCUCGGCGUAUCGUCUGUUACCUGGACAACAUGCAGAUAGAAGAACAACUACUAGAACCGGUUGUUCCCAUCUACAUCCAAGGAAAGACACAGGUUGCCAAGAAGUUCAAGAUGGAAGCAACAGUCCCUAUUGAGAUACAGAAACUAAGGCUUUAUUGCGACCCUGAGCAAAGUGACAAAGAGAUGGCGUGUGAAAUCAGUUCUGUGGCGGAUGACAGGUGUCUCCUGAACAGACAACCUGCAGCAGUAGAGAGCUGUAACUGUCCCCAGGGGAAACCUGGGCCUCCUGGACUUCCCGGGCCUAUGGGCUUCCGUGGUGAGAAAGGAAGGGAGGGGCCUCCUGGCCCUGAUGGUAAACCUGGGAAGCCAGGUGAACGUGGAACACCAGGAGAACCAGGGAAGGAGGGGAACAAAGGCGACGCAGGCAUACCAGGGCAAAAAGGCCAAGCAGGACUCAAAGGGGACCAAGGCCAUACAGGAGCUCCAGGCCUUGAUGGUCAACCAGGGCCUCCUGGAUCUAUGGGACCAGGGAGGCAACUUGAACUGGAGGUCACAGGAGUUCCUAUAGAAAAGGGAAGUAAGGGGGAAGCCGGAGCUCAGGGACUCCCAGGGGAACCUGGACCAAAGGGGGAAACUGGACCAGCAGGCAAGGACUGCAUAUUGGGACCUGCUGGAAUGAAGGGUGAGAAAGGAGAAGUUGGGUUUCCUGGUCCAGAUGGAAAUAUUGGAGUUCCGGGAAUACGAGGCUUUCCUGGGCAGACUGGACCUGCAGGACCUCAGGGGGAAAGAGGCCCAACAGGACCAGAAGGGUUGACUGGACCAAAAGGACCUCAGGGCACCCAGGGUCCGAUUGGUCCACCCGGAGCGUCUGGACGUGACGGACUUAAGGGGGCCCAAGGAGCAAGAGGAUUAGAAGGAUAUCCCGGGAUGCCUGGACUAAAAGGGGUGGAGGGUGAACCAGGGAUUCAAGGCUUGCCAGGUGACAGAGGCCUGCCGGGAUUCAAUGGUCAAAAGGGGGAGACAGGAGAACCUGGUCCCAGAGGAAUCCAGGGUGAGAAGGGAAAUGAAGGCGUGUCUGGGACCCCCGGGACAAACGGUGAAGCUGGGCUCAAAGGAAGCAAAGGAGAGAAAGGUGUACCAGGGGAUACUGGAACCAGAGGAGCUGAGGGGAGGAAAGGAGAGGUUGGUCUGAUGGGAGCUACUGGGCCUCGUGGCUCUCCUGGACAGGAUGGACUACCGGGGCAAUCCGGAGAGCCGGGAUACCCAGGGAAACCUGGGAAGCCGCCGUCUGAUGAACACCUGAUGAAGCUUUGUGCUGCAGUGAUUCGGAGUCAGCUUCCUCAGCUUCUACAGAUGACUGCAUCAAAAAGUCAAUGUGGGCAGUGUGAGACUGUGAAGGGGCCACCCGGUGAGCCUGGCCUUCCCGGCCCCAAUGGCCCCAACGGAACCCCAGGGUACCCUGGACUGCCCGGCAUACGGGGCUACCCUGGACAGCCAGGCCGGAUUGGGCCCCAGGGACUCAAAGGAGAUAUUGGACCCAUGGGACCGAAAGGUUCCAAAGGAGAUGGUGAAACUGGGAUGUCUGGACCUCCUGGCCCAGAAGGUCUCCAGGGGCCCAGAGGCAGUGAUGGACAAGGUGUCACAGGACCACCCGGUGAACCAGGGAAGUCAGGGAUCCCUGGUAUACCAGGAAAGCGUGGCCCUCCUGGGGCCAACGGCUUUUGCGUUCCCUCCUCCUGCUACCAGGCCGUCCUCAGAGAGGAACGCUACAACAAAGGACCCAACUUCUAGUUCUCAACUGGAAAUCGGGACAUUUUAACAGGGCUUUUUAAAGUUUGAGUCAGAAAGAUUGAUACUGAUACCUGGGAAAUGAAGGUCUGUCUGAAAAGUGAGUAAACCCUUGGAGUGGUACUGAAUAUCUCUAGGGUUAAGCUUUUGUUUCAUGUGAGAUGGUCCAAUUAGAUUUAAAACAACAAAAGAGAGGAGAGGGUACAACAAAAUUAAGCAGAUUAGUAUCUAGCCAAACAACGUUGUUUGACACCAUCAGGUCAGAGACUAAUGGUCACGAGUAAUAAGUAUUGCUGAUUCAGGAUUUUAGUACCCAAUUACACAUACCAAAUUGACAAUAGGUCAGUUAUUUUCAUUUCACUUUGUACCAGUGCUGAGGUAUAGAAACUCACCACAUGAAUUGCACUGCCUUACUUAAACUACCUCUUUGUUGUAUCUCAUGCAUUAAACAAAAUACAGAGUGAAAGGUAGCCAUUGUUAAGUGAUCUUGAAUGAUUCACGGUAUGCUCAAGAGGAACACUUGGAACACCAGAUUCUGCAUCAGAAGUCUUUCACAAUAAAGCAACUCCAUACUUCCACUCAAGGAUUCAUUUUGACUAGCUACAACAUUAAGAUAAAUAUCUGUUACACUACAAAUAAUUUAUUUGCCAUUUCAACCUAGCUUGAUAGCCAUUUAUUUGCAUCGCUUCUACGGGUAUACAAGUAUUUAUUGACCUGUUCAUAAAGAUGUUUUUUUGUAUUUUAUUAGUUUUGUGCAUUUUUCUUCUACUAUUAGUUUUAGUCACCCUCCUGCUGAAUGAAAAUGAAAGUGUUUUCUAUCAGUAUGCUUUCUGUGUCAUAAAUCUGAAUACUGUGACCUGGUUAACUAUGUAGAACCUUCCUGAUAU